AUGGCUACUACAAGAAUUCCAUUCUCUAAUGUAAGUUAAGUGAAUAAAGGUGAGAAAUUACCCACAACACUUGGGGAGAAAAUUGAAAAGACUGGAAAUGCAGAAAAAUAAGUACAACCUACAAAUGCAGAAAUUAAUAAUGUGAAAGGAACAUUAGAUGAGUAGUAAUUUGAGAACAUGGAUAAGUAAACACUUAUACAAUAAUUAAAAUUGCAUAAGUUGAUUUUGAAGCAUUGUUUUGAUGAAAAUGAUAUUGUACAAUUAUUUGAAGGAUUAUUUUUAGUUGAGAGAAAGAAUAGCAGCAAUUGAAGCAUAAUUCAGUAAUUUAUAAGAUGAAAUUGAAUUAAGAGAUAAUGUCAUAUUAGAACUAAGUGAGAAGCUAGAAUAGAAAGAAAAAGAGUGAUUAAUUUUAUUUUAUUAUUUUAUUUUUUUUUAAACCCUUAAUGAAUAAUGAAGAAAGAAAAGAAUUAAUUGAUGAUAUAUAAAAAGUAUGGUAUAUUUUAGAUAAAUUUGGAUUUAGUGGCAGAGUGUUUUGAAACAUGCUUUGAUGGCUAAUUAUUAUAGAACAAAUGUGCAAAUAAUUGUUAUAAACAUUAUCUGAAUACUUUGAGAGUGAUUACAUAAGAAACAAAAGAAAGAGGUUACAAGGUACAUUCACUUUAUGCUUACAAAAUGUUCCCAAUCAGACAACCAAGAUUCUAAUUAGUUUAUAAUGAGAGAUUUAAACCCACUGCCUUUGAAAUUGAAUUUUCAGUUGAUCCUGUGAGUUUAAAAGAAAUCUGAG